AUGGAGUUCCCUCAGCAGCACAUCUCGGAGCCUCCUAUUGCCCCCGAGGUUGCAGUUGCAGACCCUGAGCACGUUGCCCCCGAGGAUAUGACACCACUGGCUCAGGAGCAGAUCCAGGAACCAGCCCAGGUACAGGAGGUCCCACCCGAGCAACCUCUGGAGCAGCACGCACCGGUCAGCGUCAAUGUUGAAGAGCCGGCUUCUGACCACACUGCUCGCGCCACUAUCAACAAUGGCUAUAACAGCGAUUCCAAGGCUCACUACCACUCCCGAUCCACUGACUUCCAUCACUCUGCCCCCGAAUACGCCGCUCAGGACACGGAUCAGUUCACUCGCCAGCACUCGUCCCCCUCUCUCAGCCACCAACUCCCUGUGCCAAACUCCAGACCCGGUUCCGGAUUAUCCAGUGGUACGGAGCGCCCUGGUGUUUCCCAGCCGCAACAGCAAGAAGUCCAGCGACAGGGACAAGGUUCGCAGGCUUCGAAGAAUAGUGUGGUAAUUAAGGUUGGCAUGGUGGGUGAUGCCCAGAUCGGAAAGACUAGCUUGAUGGUUAAAUAUGUUGAGGGAAGCUGGGAUGAAGAUUACAUCCAGACAUUGGGUGUGAACUUCAUGGAAAAAACCAUCUCUAUUCGAAACACAGAAAUUACCUUUUCGAUUUGGGAUCUUGGUGGUCAGCGUGAGUUUGUUAAUAUGCUGCCACUGGUCUGCAAUGAUGCCGUUGCGAUUCUGUUCAUGUUCGACCUUACUCGCAAGAGCACAUUGAACUCAAUCAAGGAAUGGUAUCGCCAGGGGCGCGGCUUUAAUAAGACUGCCAUCCCAUUCCUGGUUGGCACCAAAUACGAUCACUUUGUUAAUUUCCCCCGCGAGGAUCAAGAGGAAAUCUCGAUCCAGGCCAAACGUUUUGCGAAGGCCAUGAAGGCCAGUCUCAUCUUUAGCAGCACCAGUCACAGUAUCAACGUACAGAAGAUCUUCAAAAUCGUUCUGGCCAAGGCAUUCGACCUAAAGUGCACCAUCCCAGAAAUCGAGAACGUUGGCGAGCCUUUGCUUCUGUACAAGAACGUCUAA